AUGACAGAGGAACAUCUCUUCCUUCUUGGUGGCUCAGGCGAGACCGGCAUUAUCUUCAUUAGCCAACUAAUUGCGCUGGGUGACGCCGCACCACUUGUGACGCUCUACAUUCGUGCUUCCGGACGAGCAAAACUUCCUGCGGGUGUCCACAGCAAUGCCAGAUUCCGGGUGACUGAAGGCGAGCUGACCGACCGCAAAACACUGGUCAAGUCUCUGAGCGCGGACGCGAAGUUCCCACCCGUCACCACCGUCAUUAGCUUCCUCGGAGCAUACAUGAGCCUCUAUUACUUCCUGACCAGGCGGAAGCCAACGCCUAUAGCAGAUGCCUUCAACACAUCGAUUCUUCCCGCUAUGAGGGAGGCCGGCGUGAAGCGAAUUAUCGCUCUGUCGACUCCUAGUGGAUUCCAGUAUCCUGAAGAGACCAGCAAGAUCAGCUGGGCCUGGUGGGCGAAAAUUCACAUCCCGAGAAUCAUGGUUCCGCAAGGCGAUGCUGAAAUGAGGGACAUUGCUAAGGCAGUGCUGUACGCUGGUGCCGAGGAUAAAGAUCUCGACUGGACAAUUUAUCGAGUUGGCUAUUUGGGUGAUGCAAACCCAGAUAUUUCCAUCGUGGUCAAGGAGACACUGCUGAACUUCGAAGGAGACAGCGUGACAAGGGGGAGCUUGUCGAAGUGGCUGCUGCAGGAAGUCGAGGAGAGAAAGUGGUUGCGAAAGGCCCCUCUGGUCGGCAACACGGCGAAGUGA